AAUAGCCAAUAUCCAAUAUCUCCAUGAACACACCAAAUCCAAAGCUUUCAAACCUCAAAUCACAAACCCAUUUUCUUCAAACAAUGGAUUCCACUUCUAUUUCAUCAACCCACAUCAUCAAACACACCCAAAUCACCCUCUCAGAAACAGAGCAACGAAACAGAGCAACCGCCGAAACCCUCUACAAAUCCCUCGCCGCCGGCCGUACUCAUGCUGUCGCCAAGUUCCUCGCUGCAGACCUGGAGUGGUGGUUCCAUGGCCCGCCACAUUGCCAGUACAUGAUGCGUAUCCUAACUGGCGAGUCUAGCCACGGCGAGUUCCGAUUUGAGCCGAGGAGCAUAACGGCAAUCGGCGACUCUGUUAUUGUGGCGGAAGGCUGGGAAGGAGCUCAGGUGUAUUGGGUUCAUGUUUGGACGUUGAAAGAUGGACUGAUUACGCAAUUUAGAGAGUAUUUUAAUACGUGGCUUGUUGUUACGGAUCUCCGGCAGCCAGCUUGGGAGGAGAUCCGCCACGAUGGGAUGACGGUGUGGCGGAGCCAGCCUCGAGAUCUGUUUCACCGGUCGCUGCCGGCAAUUGUGUUAGCUCUGUAGUUUGUCAAAAUAAGCAUUGUGGGGAGUUGAAAGUUUGUAAUUUUGUGUUGUUAAACUUAAUUAAUUAAGAGAAGGGGAGAAGGUUUAUGUUGUGUGGAUUAUGGAUUAGCAUUACAUAUCACAAAAUGUAAAUUGCUUUAUAUUGGGUGAAAAAAGGGUUACCACUUUUAGUUUGAAAUUUCGUAAAA